AAUAGGAAUGCACUGUGCUCUUGUCUACAAUUAUUUGUCACAUAAAUCGACCUAUACAACGAACAACGUUCGAAGAAAAAUCGAUGAUAGAAUUGAAAUCGAUUGAGAAUCGCAAUUCAGAUGAGAGAAACAUGGCUGCGUUCACGUCUUUAAUAUCAAAGUAGGUGUAAUUGUACGUGAAACUGGAAGUGGUAUCAUCGAGCUCUCGUUAGGAAUGAACAAAAACUUGUUAGCGUAUCUGGGUCUGUUACGUUUUGUACAUUGAACGAGAAUUCUGGCAAAAUUGUACAUUAUUCGUGCCAAAAGAUGGUAAAGCUAUAUGCGUUUUCGAUUUUAUAUAAAAAUCCAACAUCAGCGACAACGUUGAAAGCUGCCUAUGAUGUGGAGUCGUUCUCGUUUUUUCAAAGGGGAAGCGUCAAAGAGUUUAUGACGUUCAUAAGUAAGACUAUCGUGGAACGAACUCAAAGCUGUUUUAGGCAGAGCGUGAAGGAAGGAGAUUACAUGUGUCACGUAUUUGUACGAGCAGAUAAUUUGGCUGCAGUGCUUAUAUCAGAUCACGAAUAUCCUAGAAGAGUGGCGCACACGUUAAUUACAAAAGUUAUGGAUGAAUUUGCAGCCAAGUAUCCUCAGUCUACAUGGGAGACAUUAAGCGAAGCCAUGACUGAUUUUGCACAGAUCAACGUGUACUUGGCGAAAUAUCAGAAUCCCAAUGAAGCUGAUGCUCUUACUAAAAUGCAAAAUGACUUGGACGAGACAAAGAUUAUUUUACACAAUACACUGGAAGCUGUUCUUAAAAGAGGUGAGAAUUUGGAUGAAUUGGUCUCCAAAUCGCAAGGUCUGAGUGCUCAGUCGAAAGCGUUUUACAAAACUGCGCGUAAAACUAACUCGUGUUGCAGUUUAGCUCCUUAAAAUCCUUUUGCCGAAAGUUAUACUGACCUGUUUCAAUGAAUAUCCUUGUAAUUUUAUAAUAUUAAUACAAAGUGCAAAGGAAUUAUUAUUAUAUACAGGUUUUAUUAAAAUAGAUAAUGUAUAAAUUCUA